AUGACCACGACAAGGACACGGUCAACGACACGGUCAACGACACGACACACGGGGAACUGGCGUCCUGACCUUCGUGUGACUGGUGUGAUCAUGAGCACUGUACCGUCGUUCCGGUCGUCGUCCUCUUUCUCCGCCGGUCAAACCUCAAACACAGCGCCUGUCAUCAAGUAUCGCUGUCUGUAUACCUACGACGUGAAGCGCAAAGCAAAGCGAUGGCAGGAUGGAUUUGUCUCUUUUCAUACAUUUAAUCGGCGGCUCAUGACCUAUGGCAACGCUGGGGACUUUGUUGGAGAUCUACAUCUGCGAGAAGGCCAUACAAUCCGCGACGGAGACCAGCUGGAGCUCGAGCGGGGUAUUCUUGUUGACGUUGGAGAAUGUUUGGAGACUUCAGAGAGCGAUUUAACGGAGUUGCUUGACAAGAGGCGGCCGAAUCCUACGUCAUCGGCUUUCCAAGUGCUAGGCCGGUCUGCUGGUACUGGCACUGGUGCUGGAGUCGGGGCUCCUUCCAAAACAAAAUCGUUGAAAGAACUCUUGGGGAAUCAUCGGACUCCCACAGGCAGAGCUGCACUACCAGCAAAAUCUCCGUUCGAAUUGUGUAAUGAAAAUGCCGACGCUACACACAGGCAGGUUGCAGAACUGCCCAAUAAAAGAAGAAAGGUGUCAGGGGUCCGCGGCGAGCUGGAGAAUCGUGAUCCCUUUGCUCCCGACUCUGAACAAAAGGCUGAUAAUCAAGCUCGUCAAGGAGCUGGCAGUAAUCGUAGCAGCAAGGUCAAUAACGCCUUGCUGGAUGAAUCUUCGUUAAGUUUUCAGCCAGCGAGUGCUCUGAAAAUAUCAUCGUCGUCCCGAGCAGAGCGCGAUCGCAAAGGCUCCAAAAAAUCCCAGCCAAGCAAUCAAAAAUCUAUCGCAACUAUGCUCCAUGGACAGAAAGCAAUUACAGCAUAUCCAUUAUCUAUAGAAAACCCGCGGAAUAAGCUCAUGUGUUUAGAAUCAAAGAGGCGUCCCGUUGAGAGGAAGCAGACAAUUAAAAACGAAAAUAUUAACGAUGCUGAUCCUUCUGUUGACUGUCCAAAUGAGAAUUUCCCCGUAAAAACCCGCCAAAAAUCAGACUUGCCGAUAUCGCAAAGCGGAAAAAGAUCCGCUCUAUCUUCAGUGAGCGGUAACUACUCCCUAGACUUUGUUCCAUCUACCUCUACGAUGCGUGUGCUUGAAGAAUCCAUCUGCGAGUCUGAUAUACCUCCAAGCACCCAGAGGACAAAACCAAUAUCUGAUUUUUUCAAGCCUAGCCAAUCGCAGGCUCUGGUAACACCCGGCGAACAAGACCGCAUUGGACCGCCGGAACGACUCAAGCAAAUUUCGCGAAGCCUUUCAGACUCGACAUCAUUAGCCCACAACAAAUCAAUGGACUCUACAGGCGUUAUCCCUCGCCAAAAGGAAUGCCUCCAAAAGUCUCUGUCAGACACCUCUUCGCUGAGAAAUAGACUGAACGGGCCAUGUAGUUCUAUACAGACACGAUUAAUGACUACUAAUGAUUACCUUCCACUGGAUGGUGGGACAGAAGAUGAAGAACAGGGACCUUGGACAAGUGAAGCCCUAGAUUUGUUUGAUUGGUGGCCACCGGGCCGGCCUAAACCCAUCGCCUAG